UCUCUGAUUAUUAACAUGCAUAAUUCAUGAGGCGGUUGUUCACUGUUGGCGCGUCCCCGCUGCUGAGCAACAAGAUGGCGGCCGCCGCCGGAUCAGGCGUGAAAGUCCCCCGUAACUUCCGGCUGCUGGAGGAGCUUGAGGAGGGUCAAAAGGGUGUUGGAGAUGGCACCGUGAGCUGGGGUUUGGAAGACGAUGAAGACAUGACCCUCACACGCUGGAGAGGAAUGAUCAUCGGACCCCCUAGGACCAUCUAUGAGAACAGGAUGUACAGCCUAAGAGUAGAAUGUGGACCAAGAUAUCCAGAAACGCCUCCUUUUGUUCGUUUUGUGACAAAGAUCAACUUGAAUGGAGUGCAUAACUCAAAUGGUGUGGUUGACAUGCGAGCUGUAUCCUCACUGGCCAAGUGGCAGAAUUCGUACAGCAUCCGUGUGGUUCUGCAGGAGCUGCGACGACUCAUGAUGUGCAAAGAGAACAUGAAGCUGCCGCAGCCUCCCGAAGGACAGAUCUACAGCAACUGAGCCCAGAGCUUCUCCGUCAUCCUCUCUACCUUCAUCCAGAAAACAUUCACACACGCAAGGCUGAGCAUUCCUUCUCCUCCUCCUCCUCCUCUUCUCUCCUCCUCCUCUCUGGACUCAUGAGAAUCCCUCUCUAUUCCUGACCACUCCCCAUGUGCUGCAGCAGCCAAUGAGCAGUCCUGCUUCAGGAGCUCCCAUUGGACAGAACCGAUGGAUGUAGUGGUGUGCACAGCAGAAUACUGUACAUCAUUCUAAUCUUUUUUUAAACGUUUAUUUGUUAUACAUGCAAAUUGUAAAAAUAACAAAUGAUCUUA